UUGCUUUGACCUUUUUAAUAAUAAAUUAUAACGGCAAUAAAACAUAAGUAAAAAUCAAUAUAAAUACGUACCUAUUCACCACUCCUCUAUAUAUAUCUCCGAAUCGUGCCCUACCAGACUAACCGAUUAAUACUCAGGUUAGCAAGAUGUGAGUUUAACUGGAAAAAUAUUUGGUCUUUUAAUGAGUACUUCAACAGUUCAACUAAUCCAAUAAUCCACUUCAUAGUUCACACCUCGUCUUGAAUUCCGACACUAUGAACCGCAUGGUCAAUAAUAUUUUCCUUCCGUGAGUGUUAUUUGUUAUUACUCAUAAAUUUAGAAAUCGUAUCUUCGUUUAUAUAGUUAGAUACAACAGUUGUAGACAAAAACUACCUACGUGUUUUGCUCUUUUAUGGAUUCUUAUUUUUUUUUUUUAGCUAUAUAAUGUAUAACCAAGAUGCUGAAAAAAUUAAAAAUAUAAAAACUAUUUAUUGUAUUUACGUUAAUCAAUUGGAAUACAGUAGGAUCACUAGGAUCCGCUUAAUAACUAGUACACCGCGCGCAUAAAGGGGACAAACGCUUAAUAGGGACAAAUUACAGGCAUAGUCCCGAACGAAUGUAUUUGUUUUAUGUAAUUUAAUUCCGUUUAUUGGGGGACACACAAUAUUGGUUAUAAGGGACAAAGAUAAGAGUUUCUAGAUAUUCCGACCUAUACUUACCUACUUUCUUAUCGAGACUGUAAUUAUCUAAUCUUUAUGGCUCUAUUAUAUUUUAUAUACGUACAUGCGUAUAUGUACGUAUAGGUACGUGUAUAAUAAUUAAAUGUCACAUAUUUUACUUUUGUUAAUUAUUUCUUUUUACUACUACGUACUCCGUUGAUCAGCUGAGCCUGAUACUAUAUAUAUUUUAUGCAAAAUGGAAAUGAAAAUACCCCAAUCAACUUCGCGGUAGACAUUUGAGAAGACUUUGUCAAUAAGCAAAGUUUUAAUAAAUUAUAACAAAAAAGAAUGGACGGUUUUCUACAGCCUAACAAAUUUCAGUUUAUUAGUUAUAUGCGGUUAAUCAGGACAGUUGGAUAAUGGGGACAAAUAGCAAAAUAGGUCACCGCCCAAUGUGUCCCAAUCAAACGGAUUCUACUGUAUAUUAUGAGAAAACCUAUGAAACCCGCUCCACCGUCUAAAGUAGGUGUUUCUAUACCUACGCCAUUUCGAGGACCUCAAGCGUAUACGUACGGGUUUUUAGCUAAACAACCGGGGUGUGAUUAUAAAAUUCGACUACGUGAUGUAGAACGAUUCCGUACAGAAAGGUUAAGAAUACAAAGUGAAAACGAUUUUAAAAAUAUACUUAGAGAAGCUCAGCAUAAGGAAAUGAUUGACGUGACAGAUAAAAAAUGUCUAUACAAUCGAAUAAAAAGAAUGGUGGAAUGUGGAAUGAAAGCUAACGAACAUUUAUUUAAAGAAGAACCAUGUCCAAAGCCAGAAUUAAAAAUAGAAGAGGAACCAGAAAAUCCGAAAAUUGUCCAAGAAGAUUUAAUGGAAAAGGCAAGAGCACUUAAAGAAAAAAGUGACGAAGAAGAACGUAAAUUAGUAGAAGAAAAACGUCUACAAAUGUUCAUAGAAAAUUCUGAAGAAUUGAGAUUUGCUGCAGUAACUAAACGUAAAAACGAAAUAGCUAGUAUGAACCGUAAAAUUAUUGAAGAAAAUAAUAGAUUCAAUAAAGAACAAAAAAUUAAGCAGAGAGAACUGGCUAAUAUUGAAAAUGCAGAAAUAUUUAAAAAGCAGAAUCUAGAAAAAGAAGAGGAAAAGCGUAAACUUUUAGAGAAAAAACUACAGUUUCGAAAGGAAUUAUAUGAGCAAGUUCAACAAAAAGAAAAAAUACUAGAACAACAAAAAGUGUUAAAAGCGAUUGAAUGCAGUGAAAUUAAGAAAUUAAAUAAAAAGUUGGACGAAGAAGAAGAAUUUGAAAAAUUGGAACGUAAAAGAAAACAAUUGCAGACAAAAAAUGAAAUAGCAUUAUUCACCAAAGAAAGAGCGAUUUUGUUUAAGAAAAUGAACGAAGCGAGAACAAUGUUUGAUGAAACUUUUAAGCUCACGAUGAGACAAAAUUUAAAGGAUGAUUCAACAAGCGAAAUGGAGGCAAAGCUUCAAAUAAGACGUGAAAACGAAUUAUUUAAAGAACAUCAAGCAAUUAUUAAAGAAGAACGCAAAAGGCAAAAUGAUGAAAUAUCAAAAACAAUUAUGAAACAAAUAAAUGAAAUUGAAGAGCUUAAACUAUCUGUCGAACGUCAAAGUGAUGAAGCACGACGAAAGCGUAUGAAGGAGGGUAAUAAUGUUUUAAUGGAUCAAUUAAAAGCACGUAAGGCCCUUUUAGAAGAACAAAAAGUAUUGAAACGUGAAAUGUUUAAUCAGGCGAAAAAAGAAUACAAUGACUAUUUAAAAGAGGAAAAACUACAGUGGGAAAUUCAAAAAAAAUACAAAUGGCAAUUUAAAAAAGACCUUAACGACCAAAUUAAGGAUAAUAAAGAAUUAAUCGAAAAACAAAGACAAAUCGAUUUGGAAAAUCAUCGGAAACUCAUGAUGGAAUUAGCCGCGCAAGAUAAAUUACUAAAAAAACUAUUAUCUGAACUAUGAACUUUCCAGUAAUAUCACUUUUUCAUAAACACCUGUUCACAUUGUUUAUUGAACUCAGAUUUUUAUAAUUGUACCAUACCACGACGGACCAUUUUGAUGACCUUUUUCUUCAUAUUAACUUUUAUUACCUAGGUAGGUAUCAAUAGUUGUAGUAUUAUAUUAUAGUGUUAACUAUAGCUUAUCAACUAGAGUCUAAUUUGAUUUAAAUUAUAUUGAAUUAUCUAUUUAUCUA